AUGGUUCAUCUUCUCGCCACCCUGGUGAUCGCCGCAACAUCCAUCACCGCCGUCUCUGCCCAUGCAGGGCCCGCACCCGUCCACUGGAGACGCGACAAUCACGUCGCUCGGGAUCUUCUUGAGGAGAACUGUGGCGCUCAGCUUGCCGUGAGGCGCGCCAAGCGUAAUGCUCAUUCCUACGACCGUGCUAUCGCGAAGAGGGCGCCUGCUAAGAGGAAUCUUGCCAUCAGACAAACCUCCACCAACGAUUCUACCUGCAUCCUCACUCCUGAGGUCACCGAGGGUCCGUACCAUAUCCUUGGCGAAAUCGUCCGCCAGAACAUCACCGAGAACCAGGCUGGUGUUCCCCUCGAGGUUUCCGUCGACUUUGUCGAUAUCGAGACGUGCGAGCCUGUCCAGGUCUGGGUUGACGCCUGGCACGCAAAUGCCACUGGUUACUACGCCGGUUACAUCGCCGAGACCGGCGCGGCUCUGUCAGGAGGCUCUGGUACGGGUGGUGCCGCUCCCUCAGGCAGUGGUGCUCCUGGCGGCAGCUCCGGUGUUGCUUCGUCAACCUCCACUGCGUCGACCACAGUUUACACUUACGGUCCUUACGACGGUGCCGAUGCGGAGAGUGCUGCUAGCAUGCUCAACACCGAUAUGGACGACAACAGCACUUUCCUUCGCGGUGUUUGGCAAUCUGACGAGGACGGUCACUUAACCAUGUACUCCGUCGUCCCCGGCUGGUAUUCUGGCCGCGCUACUCACUUCCACAUCAAGGCCUACCCAGACGGCUACAUCGCCACCAAUGGAACCUUCGUCGCUAACAGCUCAGCCGUACACACCGGUCAGUUCUUCUUCGACGAGGACACGCUUGAACAGGUUGCUGUGGUCGAUUCCUACGCCUCCAACUCCAUUGACUGGUCUGACCACGUCACUAAUGAUGCCGACCAAUGGUACCCCUACCAGGACUCCUACUAUAACGCAAUCAUGGACAUCACCUGGGUUGGCUCCGACAUCACUGAUGGUCUCAUCGGCUCCAUCGCCGUCGGUCUCAACAUGUCCUAUGCCUCCAUCGAGCUCAGCACACAAUAUGCCGCCUUCGACGUCGACAGUUACGAGGCUUCGAGUAUGCUUCCUUAUGCUUCCGCUAGCGCUUCAGCAUAG